AGACGCACUGCCUGUCGGCUGUUUCCUAGCACCACAUUUCACAGGAGCACCAGGUUGAAAUGAUGGAAUUAUUUAUCUCUCAAUGUACUGCCUCGUACAGUGUUCAAAUGCAGAAGUGAACGUGGAUUGUAAUCUUAAAAACCAAGGCAGUACAUGCCACUCUACUACCCUUCCUGCUCUUGUGCGCACACCUACCCUGAUGAUGCAGCCUUCACUGGAUAUCAAACCAUUUAUGUCUUUUCCAGUAGACAGUAAUUCUGCUGCUGUUGGGCUGUUUCCAAAUUUUAACACAAUGGAUCCUGUGCAAAAAGCAGUCAUUAACCACACAUUUGGAGUGUCCAUUCCCCCAAAGAAGAAACAAGUUAUUUCUUGUAAUGUCUGUCAGCUUCGCUUUAACUCGGAUAGCCAGGCCGAGGCCCACUACAAAGGAAGUAAACAUGCCAAGAAGGUCAAAGCACUAGAGGCAACGAAAAAUAAACCCAAAAUGGUUUCUUCCAAGGACAGCGCAAAGGCUAAUCCCAGCUGCUCCAUCACUCCAAUCACAGGCAACAACUCUGACAAAUCAGAAGAUAAAGGGAAGUUGAAAGUCAGCAGUUCCAGUCAGGCAUCAAGCUCUGAAGGUGUCUCAUUUCUCCUCAAACCUGGUACAACACCCCUGCCACCCGGAGCAGCCACUUCUCCCUCCAAGAGCACAAACGGAGCUCCUGGUACUGUUUCUGAAUCAGAAGAAGAAAAAGCCAAAAAGUUACUUUAUUGUUCACUAUGCAAAGUGGCUGUGAACUCCCUGUCACAGCUAGAGGCACACAACACAGGAUCUAAACACAAGACCAUGGUUGAAGCUCGUAAUGGGGCUGGUCCAAUUAAGUCCUAUCCUAGACCUGGAUCAAGAUUAAAGAUGCAGAAUGGCAGUAAGGGGUCAGGACUACAGAACAAGACAUUUCAUUGUGAAAUCUGUGAUGUUCACGUUAAUUCAGAAAUUCAGCUCAAACAGCACAUUUCUAGCAGAAGGCAUAAGGAUCGAGUUGCAGGGAAACCACUGAAGCCGAAGUACAGCCCUUACAAUAAACUCCAGCGGAGCCCAAGCAUUUUAGCAGCAAAACUUGCAUUCCAGAAGGAUAUGAUGAAGCCUUUGGCCCCGGCCUUCCUGUCCUCGCCCCUGGCAGCGGCGGCGGCAGUGUCCUCCGCGCUGUCACUGCCACCCCGGCCGUCGGCCUCGCUCUUCCAGGCUCCAGCCAUCCCUCCAGCUCUGCUGAGGCCCGGCCACGGCCCCAUCCGCGCCACUCCCGCCUCCAUCCUCUUCGCCCCGUACUAAUGUCUGCAAGCACCCAGACGGUUGAGGCCAGUAGGAAAAGUAGAGCAGGAAAGCCAAAAGGAUUCAGCAAUUUGAGCAUUUGGUGUUGCAGUGUCCCACCCAACUGCAAAAUGCAGCGUACCACCUGAGCCCCAACUCCAAAGAGUAAGUCGCUAGAUUCAAGAGUGCUUUUAGGGGCCGCUCCUAUAAUUUCGGAAUCUGAGCAGCAGAAGCUUUAUCUCCCUAGCCCCUCCCCCUGCCCUACCCCAUACAAUUCGUGUAUCAGAGAUAUUUAGUUUCUUGCAAAUGUAUUGGUCAGGAAAAAAAAAAUAUAUAUAUAUAUACAUAUAUAUCAUUUUCUGACUAUUUUUCCGUGGGUGUGAUCUGGCUUAGAAACAAUAUGGAAUAUUUUCCUGACAGACUUGAAAACUAGGGUCUUCCUCACACGUCUGUAAAUAAUCCUGGAAUCCAACUGGGCACAUUCUAGUGUGGAACAAAAAUAGAUGAACACAAGUGCUUACUUGUGGAUACCAUCUUACCAACGGAUCACAGCGUUUUCUUUUUGGUGUACUAUUGUUGACAGGGAUUGUGUACUGUUUUAGACCCAAGUACUGUUGUAUCCUGUGUAGUACUAGAUCUGUAUCUCUUGUCUGAAUUAAACAUUUUUAGUUGCUGUGUAAACAUUAGGAAGCAAAGUAGCUUUGAAUUUUCUCUUUAAGAGAACAAAAGAUAACGUAUUUUCUUUAUUUUACAUUUUAUUUGGUGAUAUUUAAACAAAAUAGAAAGCCAUAUAACAUAGCUCUAAUUACUACCUGUCUGCUAUUUUUGUUUAACUUAUUUUGUAGCUUCCUCACCAGUUUGAGUUGCUAAGCAAAUGUAUGCAAACAGAAAAAGAGCUUCCUAAAUUGCACAUUUUUGCACCUCUUGUGUGUUCAGCAAGAAGACAAUGAAUCCAUGUAUUUCUACAUCAUUAUCUUCUUCAUUUUUAACCUGUUUUCAUUUGUAAUGAUGCUACAUAAUUUUGUGGCUCCCUAAUGCAAUAAUGUACAGAAGAUAAAAAAAUUUAUAAUUGAACAAUCUGUCUUUCUGUUCACUGAAUCUGUUGCAGGUCAUGCUCCCAUGCCCCUGUUUCUAAGCUGAUAUCAACAGGACUGGAAUGUUUGUCAUAUCAGGGGCAAGAGGUAUAAGACAGCAAAAUAGAGUGAACUCUUUUAGAGCAUCUAUAUCUGCAAUCUGUAAAUGGUAAAAUGUCUGUGUAUUUUUUUAAAUGUACCUUUUCAAUAAAAGUACAAAAAAUAAAAA